AUGGCUGCACACAAGGUCAACUUCAUCACCGGCAACGCCAACAAGUUGCGCGAGGUCAAGGCCAUUCUCGAACCUGAAAUCGAGGUUCUGAGCAAAUCUAUCGAUCUCGAAGAGGUUCAGGGCACACUUGAAGAGGUUACGGAGUCAAAGUGCCGUAGAGCUGCUGAUCUGGUCAAAGGCCCCGUGCUGGUUGAAGAUACGGCUCUGUGCUAUAACGCUCUGAGCGGUCUUCCUGGACCUUACAUCAAGUGGUUUAUGACUUCGAUCGGUCACCAGGGCUUGAACAACCUGUUGGCUGCUUACACUGAUAAGUCCGCUGAGGCUGUGUGCACUUUUGGGUACUGUGCUGGACCUGGUGAGAAGGUCAUUCUGUUCCAAGGCCGUUGCCCUGGCAAGAUUGUGCCUCCCCGUGGACCUCCCGAUUUCGGAUGGGAUGCCGUCUUUGAGUAUGAGGGUCAAACCUUUGCUGAGAUGGACAAGGCGGAGAAGAACAAGAUCUCCCACCGUGGUCGAGCUCUGGCCAAGCUUCAGGCUUGGUUCAAGGACCAGCAGUAG